UUGUUAUGAUUUAACAAAAAAUUCACUUACAUUUUCUUGUAAUAUGACUCAAAUAAUAUUCAUUUCUUUCUAAAAAAUUCACUUUAUGCUAUUACUUUACUUGUUGUGGUUUAACUAAAAACAUAGUUUUUUAUUUAUUUACAAAGCCGAAAUUGUUAUGCAUAAAAAAAUAAAACCAAACUGAUACUAAACCAUAUUCUCAAUUCUUUCACUCUGAGAAUCAGCUGCUCAUCCCUCUAUCUCUUAUUUAUGGGCUCUUUUUUUUUUUUUUUUUUUUUUUUUCCUUCCCUUAUUGCUCGUAUGUGAUCUGGAAUCUUCCUGACAAUGAAAGGAUAAACAUUAGAUCAGCUGACAAGUUUGCAAGACAAACAACAAACAAACUAAGAAGGCACAAUCAUCAGCAUUUUCUAAUGAAUAUAUUUUGUAUAUUUGCUUUUUUGUUGUUGAUAUAAUUGUAAAAUUGUGUUAGGACUGUUUUUGGAUAUGUAUUCUUUCUUUAACUUCUCAUCUUUAUACAUUUUCUUGUUUUGCCUCAUAUGUGAUGUUGAAGAUUCUAUAGUUUGUUAAAUAUGUCAUAUGUAGCUCAACAAUAAAAUGAAGAUAAAAAAUUAAAGAAAUAAUGAGUUUAAUGAUCAUUUUCAUGGUUUUGUAAAGAUGAAAAGAAAUUAUUUUACCUGUCUGUGUUCUUCCUUUUAAAAAGAAUUUCCUGCAAUGAGAGAAGAAAAUGAAGCUAAAGAAAUGAAAAGAAGAAAAAAUGUAGAUAAGAAUAAGUCAGAAAAAAGAGGAAAGGAAAAUGAAAGAAUAUGAGUAUUGAAGGAUAAAUAUAAAGUCUGUUUGAAAUUUGAAUUUUGAAAUUGAGAAUUUGGCUCCAUUGAUUGGAUUCCGUGUCAACCAAAAUCUGGCUUAUAGUUGGCAUGUAAUGGAACUGACUUUUUGAAGAGCAAAAUAAAUCAAACUAUAAGCUUUUUAUAGUUAAAUGACAUCAUAGUAGUUAAGUGAGGUCAUUUAGUUAGAAAAAGUAAUUUUAAGACAAAAUUUACCCUUAAAAGUGAUAUGUGGCAGCCAAUCAUUGAUGGGCAAAAAUAAGUUUUCCACAACAUCUUCCCUUCUUAUAUUAAGAGAGAUAUUCAAAGUUGAGGAUUCUGUUUCCAUGGCCUCUAAAACUGAAAGCGGGAGUCCAAGAGAUACCCCACCAUCACCGCCAAAGAGUAUAUACAAGGAUCCAGAUGAUGGGCGACAACGGUUUUUGCUGGAACUGGAAUUUGUUCAAUGCCUUGCAAAUCCUACCUACAUACACUAUUUGGCUCAGAACAGAUAUUUUGAGGAUGAAGCAUUCAUUGGGUACUUAAAGUAUCUACAAUAUUGGCAACGCCCUGAAUAUAUUAAAUUUAUCAUGUAUCCUCACUGCCUCUAUUUUCUCGAGCUUCUUCAGAAUGCAAAUUUUCGCAAUGCAAUGGCACAUCCUACCAAUAAGGAAUUGACACAUAGACAGCAGUUCUACUUCUGGAAGAACUAUAGGAACAAUCGGCUAAAACACAUUUUACCAAGAUCACUUGCAGAACCUAGUGCUGCGCUUCCUGCUCCUGCUUCAACUCAACCCCAGCCACCUGUGCCUGCACUACCACCAGUACCUGCUACAAGCGUUGCGGUGACAACAUCUUCUAGUCAAGCUCCUUCUCCAAUGCCAUAUGGUAUACCCCCUGGCUCCGGUAUUGCAAAAAAUGACAUGAGGAAUACUUCAGCUGAUAGAAGGAAAAGAAAGUGAGUGCUUUAUAUAUGAAACACUUAAUACUUUCUUUCUUCCUUCGCAGAUAGAUGGGAGUUGAAGUAAUGAUAAUGAUAGGGCAAAAAAUUCCGCGCAAAGAAAUUAUUUUUAUUAGUUAUUUUCUGUGACCUAUUUUUAGUUUGGUAGCACAAUGCCAAUUGAAAAUACAUAUGCAGCCGGUUGGAACUUGUUAGAUUCGUAGGAAUGAAUUGUAAAAUUAUUUCACAAAUUUCAAAUUAUCUUUUAAUGGAUUCUCCUCUACCUGAAAUAGUUUUUGUAUGUUACAAAUGAUGAAAGGAGUAUGUCUGUAUUUAAA